CCUCAGACACCGGUUAUGCAAAUGAAAAAUGUGAAGUGGGAAAACUGGCCACAUUACAGCUAGCGGUGGAUGUCUGGAAUAGCUGUAUGUGACAAAACAAGGAGGAAUGUGGCGGAAAGGUACGUGUGAAAGGAGCCAUGCCGACUCUGUGGAAGCGGAUCGUGUUCUCUGUAGGCUCCAUACUGAGUAGCGGCUCGGUGGUGCUCCUGGUUGUUGCGCUCUCCACCGAGCGCUGGAUCACUGCGACCCUACUGUGUCAAACCGGGGUCGAUCUGGUGAACGCGUCAAAGCCUGAGCUCGAACAGUUCACUGGAGAUAUUUACUACGGGCUCUUUCAAGGAGGAAAAACACGGAGAUGCGGCCUCGGCAGUCGUCGUUUCAAAAUUUACAUUUUCCCAAAACUGAUUAGAAAGGUCAACGGCGGUCUUCAUAUGAUCAUAAUCUUCUUCCUGUUCUUUGCCAUUGGCUUUGCACUGGUCAGUCUGGCAUUCUGCAUUUACAAUGCCAGAAAAGUGCCUUACCAGUCCAUCAAAGGACCUCUAGGCCUCUACCUCUGGAACCUUAUCGCAGCUCUGUUCGGUUGUCUCGGCUUUGCGUGUUUCAUCGCAGCAGUCCGGUGUCAUCGGUUAACAGAACGUGUAGCAAACUUUCAAGAAAAUCUGUUUAAACUGGUGGUUUUAGAGGAGAACCUGGGAUUCUCAUUUUGGCUCUGCGUUGCCAGCAUCGUCUCACACGGAGCCAAUAUACUGGUGGUUGCUUCAAGCAAAAUUCAUCUGCCCAAAAUACAGACCAAAAAACCAGAGGAACCGACUGCAACAGGAGACGAUUUACUGUACUGA